AAGAAAAAAAUGAUUUCAAUUAAAUUUAUAACUCAAGUAAGAUUUGUAACUUGCAUCAGUGUGGCUUAACAGAUAGAGAAGAUAGUUGUGCUUUAGCUAACUGGUAGGCACAUUUCAUCGGCAAAUAGUACCCUGUCAAUUUUCUAGUGAAAGCCUUUCAGAAAACAGCCUGAAACAGAUUUAGUUUAACCAGGGUAGAACUGUCUGCUUCCUACACAAUGUGGGUGGAGUUCUCUCCCUUCCCCUAAAAUGACGGCGACGCCUUUAUUUGUUGAUUAAGUUUUAUAUAUAUAUGUAUAUAUAAUAUAUAUACACACACACACAUACAUAUCCUUCUAUAAUCUGCAACCCCACAUGGUUUAAAAGGGUGUUGAUAUUUACCGGCAGGGUCGGGGGCAUUUUUUUUUCCGUAAAUCAUUCCAUCUCAGGACUAUUUUCCUUAAUCCUCUGCAUUGGCGAAUAUUGACAAUGGACAGCUUCAGCAGAAUGGAACUGGGGGAGACGUCUGCCAUCUCUGAAGACAAAAAGUAUACAGUGCAGCUGGUGACCAAGUUCACAUGUAAAUAUUGUGCCAUGCAAUUUGCUUCGUUGCGGGAUAUGCAGCUGCAUGUACUAUCACAUACUCACGGUAAAACAUUGCAUAGUUGCACUGUGUGUGGAAGGUCUUAUACAACUCCUUCGAAACUCCAACGUCACGUUCGUGUACACAGUGGUGAGAGACCCUACAUGUGCAAUUUGUGUGGGCGGCGUUUCACACGUUCUGACCAUGUCAAACAGCACAUGAAGGUACACCAGCCACACAGACAGAAGAAUAUGUGCCGUAUCUGUGGAGUGCGCUUUGCUCGUUCUUCUCUUCUUGGUAGUCACCUUCGUCGACACAGCAUUCUUCUAAUUCAUGUUUGUCGACGUUGUGGUGAGGGUUUCCAGGAAGCUGAAGAGCUGGAUCUUCAUAGAAAACUGCAUAAAAUAAAAAGUAACUUACGGCCGAAUGGACGACGACGUAGCCGUGGAGCUCCUGUAGAUAUGUCUGCAUUAACGAGCGGACCACCUGAUGAUAUCAACCCGAAAAUACCAUCUGAAGGGAAAUGGGUAGGCUGUGCUAGAUUCUGUGUAGCACAGGUAUCUACCAGCAAUAGUAAGAUUAUCCGAAUGUCAGCAUCAGAAAACGAAGAUCACGAAGGUGAUGAGACUUCAAACAAAAACGAGAUAGAGUUCAUUAAGCAGGAAGUACAGUAUCCUAGUAUGGAAUCUGAAGAACAACAGUCUUUAUCAUCUGAAAGAAGUAACUAUCAGAUGUCUAUUUCUACCAGCUACACCUUGGCCAAAUCUUUAGUAGACAAUCAAUUUAGAAGGUUUUCUGCUGAGUCAGAGAAAAUGUUUAUUCUUCCAAGUAGUACAGAGGCAAAUCAGGGAAUAUCGUUACGAAAGUCUGAAUCUGUAAACAACCAGUUUGGUGGUGCUGUCGUACCAACAGAGCCGUCAUCUUGUCCAGAAAUGUUGCGAAAUUCUCUGUCUUCACCUGAAAUUUCUCGACAAACACUGUCAUCACCAGAAAUUUCUCAACAAAGAUUACCAUCACCAGAGGUUUCUCAUGAAACAUUGAGUGCACUUAAGGCUGUGAUUAAACGAGAACCUGGCUGUGCAAAAGAACAAGAUUCUCAAUAUCCAAUGAGUUUACUUGCAAGAAACUCUGUAGCUAUGUCCCAAUGUCCACCAUUCAUGAAAUAUCCAGAAGAUCUUUCCCAACAAACACAAAUUCGACAGAGAAAUAUUUCUAGCCCAGCAUCUGUAAAUGGUAAAAGGCUCAGUAAAUGUGACCAUUGUGGAAUGUGGUUUGAGGAUUUUGGAAUAUACAUGCUCCAUAGUAGCUUACACUCAGCUGAUGAAACAGAUCCUUUCACUUGCAGAAAAUGUCUAAAAAAGCUUGGAAACCGAUUAGAAUUCAUGGCUCACCUUGUUUGGCACUUGGAUCCAGAGCUCCAUAUUUAAUUUAAGAGGAUUUCUUCGAAUAAAAACCCAUGGCUUCUUCCUGGCUUUACAGCCUUUCAGACCAUAAUCUACAAGCCUUCUUCUAACAGUUCUGGUUGAUAUUUGUGAAGUACUUGCCUUGUUGAAGUCCGCACAGAGCUCUGACGAUGUUUUUCCUCUGUUUCUGAGCGACUCGUGGAUGAUGAAUCUGUCAUCACAAGGUGAUGUAAACUUUUUUCUGCCUGUUAUUUGUAUUGUCUUCACAUAUUCUGUCUCUCUGAAGUGCUUAAGAGUUGUUUGCACCGCAUAUCAAGAACAUUUCAUCUUCUGAGCAAUUUGCCUUUGAGACAUUCCAUCUUCAUAAUGAGCUACAAUUUGACCUCACUCAAACUCACUCAGUUCCCUUGUUUUAGGCAUUUUACUGUUUAUUAACUGUAUCUACAAUGUAUUUUAGCAUAAAACUCUGAAAUA